CAGACUCCGCCCACAAUCCCGGGCCUUGCUCUGGGUGCGGGGCCAAGCUGUCUCCGACUCAGUGUCUGAGACUGCGAGAGGGUCGUAACCAUGAGGGGUUCCUGCGAGAGGUCUGGGGAGGAUGAAAAGCAGGAGGAAGAGGCGACGGCGGCCUGUGGAAGUCUUUCAGGGGUCCCCGAGGCCGAGCAGAGUCCCGAGGCCAACUGGGACUCCGACCUGGAGACGGAAGGCACCCAUGGGCUUAGAGAACUGGUCAGGGACGCGCUGUACCUGAGGUCUUACCGGGCCCAUAGCGUUGUCCCUGUCUCCUGCUUUCUGCGCCAAGGGAGCGCCCAAGAGCUGAAUCUCCGGCACCGUGGCCUAGGGCCCCAGGGCGCCCGGGCUCUGGCUUCCUCGUUGAGCUCCAAUCCAUACGUCAAGCGGCUGGACCUUCGAGACAAUGGGCUCUGUGGGGCGGGUGUAGAGGCCCUGGCAGGUGCCCUGAGCAAAAGCAGCAGCAUCCGUGAUGUGGACCUGUCGGAGAACCAGCUGGGAGUGGCAGGAGUCCAGGCCCUCUGUGCCGCCCUCACUGUGAACCGGGCCAUGCAGAAGAUGCAGCUGUCAGGGAAUGGCCUGGAGGAGCAGGCGGCCCAGUACCUUGCCGAACUCCUGCUGGCGCACACAGACCUGAAGUCCCUGGACCUGAGCUAUAACCAGCUGAAUGACCAAGCAGGGGAGACACUGGGACCAGCCCUGGCAGAAAACACAGGACUCACUGAGCUUAACGUGAGCUGGAAUCACCUCCGGGGCCCAGGAGCUGUGGCAUUUGCCAGGGGACUGGAGGCAAACAUCUUCCUUAAAGUUCUAGACAUCUCAUACAAUGGCUUUGGGGAUCCUGGAGCCUCUGCAGUGGGUGAGGCUCUGAAGGCCAACAACGUGUUGGAGGAACUCAACAUGAGCAACAACCGCAUCUCUGCGAUGGGAGCCCUGAGCCUGGGCCUGGGCCUCCGGGUCAACCAGACGCUGAGGAUUCUCGUAGUGUCCAGGAAUCCCAUCCGAAGUGAAGGCUGCUUUGGUCUCCUCAAGUCUGUCCAGGACAAUCCAGCCUCUGCCCUGGAACUACUGGAUUUCUCAGAUAUCCAGGUGAAUGCAGAGUUUGAUGGCCUUGCUAGCUCAGUGAAGGGAAUUCUUCCAGAACUCUGUAUAAAGACUGGCGCUUGCAGAGUGGAGUAUAAAAAGGAGUUGCUGCCAGUCUUCAGAUCAGUCCUGCCAGCGUCUGUCCCUAAGUGACCUCGGAGUGUGGCUUCCUCAUCUCCAGUCAGCUGCUUUGACCUCCAGGGUGAGGAGCUCUUGACUCACGAGGCCUUGUUACCACUUGUGUCUGCACCGAGUCCCCACGUCAGCCGUGUGCUAAGUCCUAUGGAGCUGGCCUUCAUGGUGCCCACACACCUGUACCCUCCUCUGUGCCCCACGGACCCUGCACUCAUCUGGGCCUUCAUGUGCUCUCACUCAUUCCUGUCACACAAACCCCUACUAAGUACUGCACAUUGAGCUGGGCAUGGUAUCCAAGAUGCCCAAGCAAGUCCCUGCCCUCCCCAUGUUCAUGUUCUGGUGACCUCAGGAAACUAUUAAAAUAUAAGGGGGGGUGCACACUCUACUUUUGAGAGUACAAACAGGCACAGCCUUUUUGGAAGGCAAUUUAUCAUCAUGCACUGAGAGCCUCAAAACUGCCUGUGCCCUUUGAUACAAUCAUUUGACUAAUGUGCUCUAGAGAAAUAACCAGAGAUGCAUAAAAGAUUGAUGCCUAAAGAUGCUCAUGGGGCCGGGUGCGGUGGCUCACACCUGUAAUCCCAGCCCUUUUGGAGGCUGAGGUGGGUGGAUCACUU